AUGGAGGACCAGCUGGUUUCGCUGCUGGCGAACACCCAGAGCUCCGAGCAGGGCCCCCGCCAGCAGGCCGAGAUCGAGCUCAAGCACGCCCGCUCGAAUCCGGCCUUCCCUACCUCGCUGGCCAACAUCGCCAACCACAACUCCAUCGACACGGCCAUCCGCCAGGCCGCCCUGAGCACCCUGCGCCUCUUCAUCGAGAGGAACUGGAGCCCCGAGGACCGAGACGCCAGCGAGCCCUCCGUCGAGAUCUCCGAUGCGGCGCGAGAGCAGCUGCGCAACACCCUGCUCGAGAUCGCCCUCAGCAACGAGGACAAGAGGCUUGUGAAGAUUGCGGCAAGCUACGUUAUCGGCAAGAUUGCGUCCGCCGACUUCCCCGAACGAUGGCCCAGCCUCCUGCCCACCGUCCUGGGCGUCAUCCCCACAAGCACCGACGUACAACUCCACGGUGCCCUCCGAGUUCUGGGCGACAUUAUCGAUGAGAGCCUGAGCGAGGACCAGUUCUUCACCAUGGCCCGUGACAUCGUCAAGGCCGUCACCGAGGUCGCCCUGAACGAGGGUCGCAAGCCCAACCUGCGCGCCCUCGCCAUCUCCGUCUUCCGAUCCUGCUUCGACCUCAUGGAUAUCGUCAAGGAGGACCACAUGAAGGAGGUCAAGAGCUUCGCCGAGGAGGCCCUUAAGGACUGGUACCCCUUCUUCGCCCAGGUCCUCAAGUCCCGCCUGCCCGACGCGCCCGCCGAGCUCACCAACGGCCAGCCCGACAGCUGGAACUCCAUCGUUGCCAUGAAGCUGCAGGUGGUCAAGACCCUCCUCAAGGUCAAGUCCGUCUUCCCCCACCUCCUCCUGCCGCACAGCACCAGCCUCUUCACCGCCGUCUGGGAGGAGCUGUCCCUGCUGCAGAAGCCGCACGAGGACCUCUACAUCGGACACGAGGCCCAGGGCCGUCUCGAGGACGCCGACAGCCUGCCUUACACGCUGGAUUUCCUGAUCCUGGAGGAGCUCGACUUCCUGAACCAAUGCUUCCGCGCACCUCCCGUCCAGGCGGAGCUCGAGGCCCAGCUGGCCGCCCAUGCCUCGGCGCAGGAGACCCCCUGGAUGGUCGACGUCAUGAAGAUGGUUGUCGGCUACUCGCGCAUCAGCCGCGAGGAGGAGGAGCUGUGGGACAUUGACUGCUCCCUGUACCUCGCCGAGGAGACCUCCGUUACCGCCAACUACACCGCCCGCACCGCUUCCGGCGACUUGCUCAUUAAGCUCGGCGAGUGGUACAGCGAGAAGGCCGUCGAGGGGCUCUUUGGCUACACAAAGACCCUCUUCCCCGGCGACGGCUCUAACUGGAGGAGCCAGGAGGCGUCUCUUUACCUCUUCAACAUGCUCCUGAGCGACUUCCAGGACAUGGAGAAGCCCAUCCCCGAGGCUCUCUCCGAGGCAUACCUAGGACUCGUCGACUACGCCGUCAACCAGAACGAGCAGCCUUUGUUGAGAGCCCGCGGUUACCUCGUUGGCGGCACUCUGGCUAGGGGCUUCCAGACCCCGCCCGCUCUUCUCGACCGCAUCAUCCAGUGCAUCACCUCGGAGGAGUCCGAGGUUGUCCAGGUUGCCUGCAUCAAGGCGGUCGAGGGCUUCAUCCGCUCUGGGAGAGUGACUGCCGACCGCCAGAUCCCCAUCAUCAACGCCAUCGCCCAGUACAUGCAGAACAAGGACCCCGAGGAGAUGGAGGACGCCGAUGAGCUCCUCGUCACCCUUGCCGAGUCCCUGCGCGCCGCCAUCAACAUGGACACCAGGAUCGUGCUUUCCCAGGAUGUUCCCUCGGUCGACCUUCUCUUCAUGGUUGCCAAGCUUGGCGCGUCCAACUUCCAGGCCACUAUGCUGAUUUGCGAGGCCUUUGAAGAGAUCGUGCGCACCCUUUCCGACACGGCUUCCUACACUGCUCUCUGCGCCAAGAUCUUGCCCACGUUGACUGCGGCCUUCAACACCGCCAACGUCACCCAGGACGACCCGCUCGUUACCGUGGCCACCGAACUACUCACCGCCCUUGUCGAGCACGGUUCGGAGCCCCUGCCCGCUGGUUUCGUCGCCGCCACGCUUCCUAAGCUGAACCGCCUGCUGAUGGAGUCGAACGAGGGUGAGGUUCUGCGUCCCGGUGCCGAGUCUGUCAAGUACCUCCUGAUGCACGACCACCACCAGGUCUUUGGAUGGCACGACGAGAACAACCGCUCUGGUCUCGAGGUGUGCCUUCACAUCAUCGACCGUCUGUUGGGUCCUUCGGUCGAGGACAACUCUGCUUCGGAAGUCGGUGGUCUCGCCGCAGAGCUCGUCGAGAAGGCCGGCCAAGAGCGUCUCGGUCCCUUUUUGCCCCAACUGCUGCAGGCCGUUGCUACCAGGCUCGCGUCCGCCGAGGCUGCCCCUUUCAUCCAGUCUCUGAUACUUGUCUUUGCCCGUCUGUCGCUCGUUGGCGCCAGCGACGUUGUCGAGUUCCUGAGCCAGAUCCAGAUCCACGGCAACACGGGCCUGCAGGUUGUGAUGAGCAAGUGGCUCGAGAACUCGGUCAGCUUUGCCGGUUACGACGAGAUUCGUCAAAACGUCAUUGCUUUGUCCAAGCUUUACUCUCUCAACGACCCCCGUCUUGCCCAGACUAUGGUCAAGGGCGACCUGAUUGUGAACAGCAGCAACGAUGGCAGAAUCAUGACGCGCUCGCGUGCCAAAGCCAGCCCCGAUCAAUACACCGUUAUCCCCGCCUCCCUGAAGAUUCUCAAGGUCCUCAUCGAAGAGCUCCUCUCCGCUUCAGGUGCCAACGCUGCCGCCAACGCCGCAGCAGUGGCGGCUGCAGCCGAGUUCGCCGACGAGGAGAACGAGGACGAUGGCUGGGAAGAUGAGCCUGAGACGCUUGACCUCAGCCUGGGCGGCACCAAGGCGGACCUGAUGUCCUUCAUCGAGGGCUCCGGCGCCCGACAGCGCGACGACGAGACGCAGGCCUACCUGACAGAGUUCUUCAUGCGUGCGGCGCGCGAGAACGUGGCCAACUUCCAGGAGUGGUAUGGUAUGCUCACGGAGGAGGAGCGGGGCAAGCUCAAUGAGCUCGCCAGCGCCGCGGGCCAGUAG